CUGGCGUUCUAUCCUGGAGGAGAGCAUAGUUAGCUAGCGUUACUUCUGGAUGUAGACAAGCUUUGCUGUACACUAACUACACUUAGUUUACUGCAUUUCUACGAAGAUGAGUCGUACGCCCGAUGCAAGAGCGAGGGACAGCCAGACAAGAAAAAUCCAGGAAAACAUCACCAAUGUGGAGAAACAUUUUGGAGAGAUGUGUCAACUCUUUGCUGCCUAUGUCCGUAAAACAGCCAGGCUACGAGACAAGGCAGACCUCCUGGUCCGUGAAAUCGGCUUGUAUGCAGACACAGAAACGCCAAACCUGAAGAGGGGUAUGAAGCAGUAUGCUGACCACCUGGCUAAGAUUGAAGACUACCGCCAAGCUGAGGUGGAAAGACUUGAAGCCAAAGUCAUAAAGCCAUUAAAAGGGUAUGGAGAUGUAGUGAAACGUAAAAGGGAGGAUCUGAAGACGACUCAAAGUGCCAGAGACAGAGAAGCCAAACAGAUGGCUCAGCUUGAGAGGACCAGACAGAAAAACCCCUCAGACCGGCAGAUCAUCGCUGAAACUGAGCUCCAGAGAGCCACCAUGGACGCCACACGGACUACCAGGCAGCUGGAGGAGACCAUAGAUGAGUUUGAGAAGCAGAAGAUCCGGGACAUCAAGAAAAUAUUUGGUGAGUUUGUAACAGUGGAGAUGUCAUUCCAUGCCAAGGCCUUGGAGGUAUACACCUUGGCCUACCAGAGCAUUCAAAGUGUGGAUGAGGAGGAAGACCUGGAGGUGUUCAGGAGUUCGCUGCACCCCCCUGACUACCAGUCACGCUUAGACAUAGUGCGAGCUAAUUCCAAAACCUCCCUCGAUCGGACCGGGUCCUUCCUGAGUACAUCAGGUACUUUACAGCAACAAAGAGCUAGCCGUCGGCAGACAAGGGGAGAGGAGGAGGAAGAGGAUGACAGAGAGGAUGAAGAUGAAUCUGAAGAGGAGGAGGAGGAUGAUGAGGAUGAAGAGGACACAGAUGAUUAAAAUUGCCUAACUGCCUAAUUUUAUAUUUUUCUGUGUAGAACAGAAAGGAUAUCAAAAUAUGUAUUAACUGUGUCAUUGUCAAAGUCACCGCACUCACAGGUGGUCUGAGCAGUAUUGUAGUGGUGAUGUGUCGUAGUUCUGUGAUGUUUUACUACCAUUUUUAAAUCCCAGCCACUUUUGUCUUUGCUAUAUUUUUAUAUCACACACAAUGCCCAAAUGUGCAUUAUAUGAUCACUCGUCUUUAUGAAUAAAAAAUAAAUACAUUUUAUGAUCUGUAUUGUUCCAGUGAAUUGCUGUUCUAUAAUAAAUACA